GUUCGCUACAGUACGUUUACCGGGAGAGGACCCUCCAAGGCUCACCCGCACCACACAUCAAAAGCUUCACGCCUGGAGCACGUCAACACUUUUCAGUUCGUAUUGCCAAGUCAAUCCUUUAUUGAUACAGUACCUACUGUAGUGUCCAGAUAUAGAACAGCACUGACUGUGUCUAUUUUCCUGUUCUGCCUUUUUUUUUCUUUUUUUUUCUUCCCCUUCUCGUUCCGACCCCUCGGACACCGUCACUGCACCCCCCCAACUCGAAAGCUUGCCCACCGACUUGGACGUACGGCUUGCUUGAUUAAGCACACUCCUCCGCUGCGCGAAACAUUCACUGCCCAGUAGCCAGAACGCUUCCCUCGACAUACGGCCCAGCAGUCCCCAACGGCCCACGUGCCGAAGCUCUCUCUCUCACCAUGCCGCAAGCGCUCACCUCGAAAGAGAAUGCCCUCUUUCGCCAAGUCAUCCGACUCUAUGAAGACAAGCAGUACAAGCGGGGCCUCAAGGCCGCCGAGCAGAUCCUUAAGAAGAACCCCAAGCAUGGCGACACGAUGGCGAUGAAGGCUUUGAUUAUGAACCAGCAGGGCAAGACAGACGAGGCCUUCGCUCUCGGCAAGGAGGCUCUCAUGGCCGACAUGAAGUCUCACAUCUGCUGGCACGUCUACGGCCUGCUCUACAGAUCGCAAAAGAACUUCGAAGAGGCCAUCAAGGCCUACAAGUCCGCCCUGAAGCUUGAACCCGACUCCGUCCAAAUCCAAAGAGACCUGGCCUUCCUGCAGGUCCAAAUGCGCGACUACCAAGGCUACAUCCAGAGCAGAGCUUCCAUGCUCCAGGCCAGACCCCAAGUCCGCCAGAACUGGACCGCCCUCGCCGUCGCACAUCACCUCUCCGGCGAUUUGGCGCAGGCCGAGACGGUUCUCACCGCAUAUGAGGACUCGCUCAAGAGCCCACCCUCCAAGACCGACUACGAGAACUCGGAAGCUCUCAUGUACAAGAACUCCAUUAUUGCCGAGCAGGGCGACUACGAACGCGCCCUCGAACACCUGCGGACCAUCGCCAAGCACAACCUCGAUCGCCUCGCUGUCAUGGAACUGCGCGCUGAGUACCUCAAGCAACUAGGCAGGAAGGAGGACGCCGUCAAGGCAUAUAGGGCCCUGCUCGACCGAAACUCAGAACACCCCGACUACUACCUAGGCCUUCUCGACGUCUCCGACAUCUCUCCGGAUGACCAGAAAGCGAAGAAGGCCAUCUACGACGAGUACGCCACCAAAUAUCCCCGUUCAGAUGCUGCCAAGCGCUUACCCCUCGACUUCCUGACCGGCGAUGAGUUCCAAGAAGCCGCAAAGACUUACCUCACGCUGAUGCUGGACAGAGGUGUCCCAUCCACUUUUGCCAACCUGAAGCACCUAUACACUGAUCCGGCCAAGCGGGAUACGCUUGGCGCAUUGGCUCAAGAAUACCUGAACUCUGACAGCGAGAGCUCGGGCAACAAUGACGCUUUGAAGGGCGAUGCGGCAGCUCUGUACUACCUUGCUCAACACUACAACUACCACUUGAGCCGUGACCUCGAAAAGGCACUGGAAUAUGUCAACAGGGGUAUCGAGGUCGCUCCCAAGGAAGUCGAGUUCUACAUGACCAAGGCCAGAAUAUACAAGCACUCCGGUAACACGGAAAAGGCCGCCGCGACUAUGGACGAAGCCCGCAACCUCGAUUUGAGAGACCGAUACAUCAACACAAAGGCAGCCAAGUACCAACUUCGCAAUGAUGAAACCGAAAGGGCGCUUGAGUUGAUGGGUUUGUUCACGAGACCUGACUCGACAGUCGGGCCCCUCAAUGAUCUGAUUGAUAUGCAGUGUGUCUGGUACAUGACCGAAGACGGAGAGGCCAACGUGCGAAAAGGAAACAUCGGCCUCGCUCUCAAGCGAUUUCAUGCUGUCUACGGCUUCUUCGACGUCUGGGUGGAAGACCAGUUCGACUUCCAUAGCUUCUCGUUACGGAAAGGACAAAUCCGCGCCUACGUCGACAUGGUCAGGUGGGAGGACAAGCUUCGCGAACAUCCUUUCUAUACUCGUGCUGCCCUAUCAGCCGUCAACCUGUACAUUAGCAUGUUUGAUGGUAAGUCGUUGCCGAAUGGUGUCAAUGGGGAUGUCAACGGCGACGAUGCCGCCGAACGAAAGAAGGCAGCGAAGAAGGCCAGACAGGCCGUGCAGAAGGCCGAGCGAGAGGCUGCGGAGAAAGCUGCGAAACAAGACCCCAAUAAGCCCAAAAAGGCAGGCAGCGAGGAGCCCAAGAAGGUGGACGAGGAUCCUAACGGCCUCAAGCUCGCUGCAACCAACGAGCCCUUGGUGGAAGCUACCAAGUUCCUAGCUCACCUGCUCCAAAACAGUCCCAAGCUCGUUGAUGCGCAACUCGCUGGCUUCGAGGUGUACACCCGAAGAGAGAAAUACAUUCUUGCGCUCAAAUGUCUGAAGAAUGCAAUUGCCUUGGACUCGAACCACCCGCAGGUCCAUGAGCAGUUAGUGCACUUCCGCCACUUGCUCAACACAAAGCUGGACUCGCUACCCGCCAAGGCACAAGAAGUCAUCAAAGCCGAGUUUGAUACUUUGGACGCUUCAACAGACUUGAAGAAGUACAACGCAGAUUUCGAGGCAAAGCACAAGGAAAGCGCCUCCCAUGUGAUCGCUGCCGUCAAGGCAAAGAAGCACCUGGGCGAGGAUCAAAGCAAGGUGGAGAAGGAGCUCUCCGAAGUUCUCAACGUGAAAGACAUAACCUUUGAACAAGCCACAGAAGUGCUGGAUCUGUUGAGAGGUUGGAGGAGUAAGGAAGUCGACGACUUCAAGAAGAAGGCAGCCGGAAAGUGGCCAGAAGUCACUGCUUUCGCAUAGGAGGCCAGAAAGCAUGAUGCCUCGCAACCAGGUAGAAACUCGCCAAAGGGCUCAGGAUUGGGGAGCAAUGAGCCCUCCAACUAUCUUGCCAGCAUGGCCAGUGAACGAUGGUUUGUUAGUGCACUGGAGCAUUUAAUUGAUUUAGCGCAUUACCGCGCCGUGGUCAAAGCCAAUGUGGAUUGGCAAAAGGGCAUAAGAAGGUAAAAAAAGGUACAGGAGUUUGUGCCGGCAGUGCAUCACCAGUGUCUUUCUGGUAUCGAAGGAGUUGGAAAAGAAGAAGAAAAAGUUGUAGACUACAUAGGUUUGCCUGCAUAGAAUCAGCGUCGUGUUGAAGCGCUUUGAUCCCUA